AUGGUAUUGGUGGUAUUGAUGAAAAGGACACUCAAGAAAUUGCAGUUUGAGGGCAGGGUCUUCAGUAAGAACAGUAACUUGUUAGGUAUCCAUAAGAGUCGCACAUCAGCUCUGCAUCCUCAAGGACAGGGUAUGGUAGAGCCCAGUAGAGGAGUGUUUGGGCGAGGGACUGAGAGAUAUUUGUUCUGGGGAAGUUGCACAGUUACUAGAGGAGAGGAUGCACAAACUUUAUUUGAGGAUGCACGCACGAUGACAGAGACAAAGGAGUAUGCUCUGCUAAAUUGGUCAUGGCUGGCAAAGACAAGGCGAGAAACACUACAAAGUGAGAGUCUCUUCUUUAACCGCCGGAAGUAUCCUGCAGCGGUCGUCACCCCUACCCUGUGCCCCGGCCAAGAAUUACUCCAGUGCCUCCUCCGGGGUCUUCGGAUAUGGGUCCUGGCCGAGGCACCAUGGCCCAGGGCAGGGAAUGGGUAUGGUCCAGGGGUACGUGGGAAGCAGUUUGGCUUGUCCAUCGCGCCACAAGUCCAGCAAGUCAGACAGGAGAAGGAACAGAAGACAAGACAUGAUGAAGAGUCAGAUGAGGAAGAAGAGUUAGAAUCGGCAUCAGACUUCCGUGAUAUGAGAGUGAAUGUCUCAUCCUUGAGACUGGAUGCCGUCCUCAAAGCUGGGCUCAACAUGUCACGCAACAAAGUGGAGUCUGCUUUUUACGAUAGCAAGAUUCGUGUGAAUGGUCAGAAAGUGAUGAAAAAGAGUAAGCAACUUCAAGAGGAGGAUGAAGUUGAUAUCAUAAAAGCUGUGUCAAGCAAGAACCCAGCCUUCUUAGAUAUUUCACGCGUUGUGGUAUUGAGCAUCGGCAGCUAUAAUGAGGAUACUGACAAGAUACAAGUCAGGCUUAGAAAAUAUCCACAACUACUUGUUGAGAAAUAUGAGGAUGACUUUGAAACAUCCUCAUAAUGCUAUCUUCUGAUGUUUGUAAAAAAAAAAUUAUAUGGAAGUCAGUUGGUAUAUUGUUCAUAUGCAGUUAAAAUAUUUAUUAUCAUCCAUACAAUUUGUACAUAAUAAAAAUCCUUAAUUUUAGUAUGUAUUUUUGAUAAGAAACCUUUACUUUUAGAUAAGAAAUGCAGUCAUAAAUAACCAUUCAUAAUUUCACUCUUUUGCUACAAUUACUGUUAAGCUUGUAACCUUGUAACCAUAUGCAUCAGUAGAUUUGUAUAAAUAAAGAUUAUUUUCACUUUAUA